AUGGAUAUAGAUAGUCUGACCCAUGGAAAGCCAGGUGACCCUGAUAUUCUCCAGUUCACAAAUCUUGAAGUAGCAUCUCUGUAUCCCGACCCUCACGCACCUGUUCCGGGUCAGGGCUUGCCAAAUACCUCAGGCCUACCGCACCACCCCCAGCCAAUACACCAGUACCCUCCCUUCACCCCCAGCAACCCCUUCCCCGCGGCAAUGACACUCCCUCUCAUAGACGAAGACCUGAAAGAAGACAAGGAUGCUAUCUAUUCACACAGCCUCUUCCCUCUCCUGUCCGUGGUGUUUGAGAAGUGCGAGUUGGCUACGUGCUCCCCUCGUGUAGCAGGAGGAGGGGUGUGUUCCUCGGACUCUUUCACUGAAGACAUCGACGUGUUUGCCAAGCAGGUUCUCUCCAAGUCCGAUAAGUCCUUGUUCACCGACAACCACGAGCUCGAUAGUAUCAUGAUCCAAGCCACCCAGGUGCUGCGGUUCCACCUGUUGGAACUAGAGAAGGUCCAGGAGCUUUGCGACAACUUCUGCAGUCGUUACAUCAGCUGUUUGAAAGGGAAGAUGCCCAUUGACCUGGGAAUGGAAGACACCGAGGGUGGAAAUGACGACUCCAAGAGCUCUAACUCAACCAGAGCGAUCAAAAUUGAAACAGAUUCAAAUUCCCGUGAUCCAACCCCUGGGCCUUCCUGCAGCGCAGGUUACAGUCAAGCAGACGACGCGAGACCAAGGUCACGGAGCACGCCCCUGUCGUCUGUUUCUAAUGGUCAGGACGGUAACAGCGAAGCUGGGGAGACGUUAGACAACAGCGUUGGGUCUGGAGAAUGCACAGACGGCGAGGAGGAGAAUACAGUUGAGAAUCGUUCGACCAAGAGACAGCAGAAACGGGGGAUAUUCCCCAAAGGGGCUACAAAUAUCAUGCGUGCCUGGCUGUUCCAACACCUGUCUCACCCUUACCCUACGGAGGAUCAGAAGAAACAGCUGGCACAGGAAACGGGCCUGACUAUACUCCAGGUCAAUAACUGGUUCAUCAACGCAAGAAGGAGGAUCGUGCAGCCUAUGAUUGACCAGUCCAGCAGGGGAGGUAAUCCGCAACUGUUGAACGAAUUACGACCCAAAUCCACAGAAUCGCUGCCAUACACACCCCCUUCAAGUACAUACUCCCCCUACACUCCCGACCCCGGAGUCAGUUACCUUGACAACCAGCACAUGCAGAUCGGAAGGUUGCCAGGGAUGCCAGGGAUGACCGGAAGUGAUGUAUACGAUCCGAUGAAGGGAGGUUACUCUCAUAUGCCUCACGGUGUACAACAGUAUGAUAUGUUUGGGAUGCAAGGCGUGCCUCGUGCAGAUAUGUACCAGAUGCCAGGUGCCUACCAGCAGCUGUCCCCGUACACCACGGGCCUACAGCCACAGCCUAUGAUGUCUAUGUUCCCGGGACAGGGGCACAACAUGAUGCAUGGCCACAACCCCAACCUAGGGAAUGAAUAG